AUGGCUUCAAGAAAACCAAAGGUCAAAUCAAUUAAUCGUCAAUCAGUGAGGCAUCCGAGUCACAGCCAUCCAUUGCGUGUCUUUAAAGCUAAAGAAGAUGAUGAGAAUGUAUGCUCUGGAUGCGAGCUCGAGCUUAUCGGGCAAGCUUUCAAGUGUACAAAGUCCGAAUGCGAUUACUUAUUGCACAAGUCAUGUUUCGACCUUCCUGGCGAGACCCAUCACAAGUCACACCAGGACCACCCUUUGACCUUGCUUCUUUCCCCACCAAAUGAUGAAUCCGUCUACACGUGCAACGCGUGUGACCAAUACGGAUCUGGAUUCGUUUACCAUUGCUCUAACUGCAAGUACAAUCUUCAUGUGGGAUGUGCGUCUCUCCCUGAAGCCAUAGAGCGUGAAGAUCAUGAACAUCCACUUAUUCUUCUCUAUAGCACACCGUCUAAAGGCCGUGAAGACACGAUCUUCACUUGUAGCACUUGUGAAGAUACUAUUCCAGAAGAUCUAUGGGUGUAUUACUGCAAGGAUUGUGACUAUGGAACAUAUGUAAAUUCAUGUGCGGCAUACGAAGAUCAAGAAUCAAAUGGGGAGGAAGAAGAAGAAGAAGAUGAAGAAGAAGACGAAGGAGAAGCGAGUUCUCCAGCUUCUAGGAUAAAGUCGUUGAUGAAGGCUCAGGACGAGAUGGCGGCUAUGAAGCUUGAGGCACGUAUUAUGAAUGAUGCGAGGAAUGCUGCGCUUGAUCUCUGGGAUCAACCAAAGCGAAGAUACUAUUGGUGA